AUGAAGAUUUGUAUACUUACAACGUUCUUCGUUGUCAUUAUUAUUUCUGUUAUCUCUCACAGUCGGAGUGAACGUAUUUGUAAAAGGCCGAUAACAAAGCACUUGAGGCAUGCUGUUCUCUCUUCGACAGUGAGUAAACGAAGCUAUACGGAAACUGGUUUGAGAUUCGAAGUUGUCUACUCUCAGAAUGUCAUCUCCUGGAGUCGUUUCCACAGUUUUAAGAUGUCAGUAAUGGACGCUGCAACUGGAUUUUGGGAGAAGUCACUGAGUGUCAAAGAACCUUCAGGCAAAAAUUCACUGAUUAAAAGGAAUUGUCUCUAUGAUGUUGGUUACGUGAAUGCCGAAAACGAUGCAGUCCAUUGUAAUAGAUGUUUAAAAGAAGUUACUUGUGGAAAUUAUUCAAUACCAGCUAAAUAUUUGACGGGUUGCUAUGAAAUACACUAUGGCAGUGAAGAUGUCAGAAUUUACGAAAAAGGAGAGGGAAUACAACCAAAUAAAUUUCUUCUAUUUGUUGAUCGUAUGUCAGAUGAAAUGUGUCAGGAUUCAACCGCCGCUUACACAAUAGUGUGUGAAUUACAUGAAGAAACUGAAAGACCUAUUGCAGCGUAUAUUAAUUUCUGCCCACAGUAUUUAGAUGAAAAGGAAGAGUUUGAUGAAGAGACUGUUGUUACUGCAGUUCAUGAGUUGGGUCAUGCACUGGGAUUUUCUUCAGAGUUAUUUCCAUAUUUUCGAGAUGAAUAUGGCAAUCCUAGAACAAAGAGGCACCCAAAAACAAUAGACCGAUACUUUCAUACUUGGGCCGUACUACAAGUUGUCGAUACUCUUAUUCUUCCCACAGUCCUGCAUGAAGCACGUAUUCAUUACAAUUGUCCACACUUAGAUGGAGUGGAUUUGGAGAAUGAAGGUGGAGAAGGAACUAGUGGAACUCAUUUUGAAAAAAGAUUAGUUGGUAAUGAAGUUAUGAGUGGUAGUACAAGUCGAAGUUUACGUGUCUCACGAUUGACGUUAGCCUUUUUCAAAGACACUGGAUGGUACGAUGUUGAUCUGAAUGCAACCAAAAAUUGGGAAUAUGGAAAAAAUUUGGGAUGUGAUUUUGUUAUGAAGAGUUGUUAUGAAUACAUGGAAAGGAACAGAUAUGGAAAGUCCCUUAAACCGUACUGCAACGAGAUAGGUGUGAGACGUUGUACCGAUAUUAAGACAAAUGGAAUUUGUUAUAUAGUAAAACACCGAAAUAUCCUUCCAAGGGAAUUUCAAUACCUUACUAGAGAUGCAACUUAUGGUGAGGAUCCAAGAUAUUAUUCGGGUAAACCAGGACUGUACGACUACUGUCCUCUCUACACGGAAGUGGAUAAUUUUCUUGGAAAUCCAAUCACAGCAUCGUGCGAAGACGAAGAGAACAAUCAGCGAAUGACAACGAACUAUUACUUGCAGGAUUUCGGGCAGCAGUCAAUCUGUCUUGAGCAUGGAGAUCCGUGGACUAUUAAUUAUAAAUACACCUCUAAUCAAAUCAGGGCAACGUGUCACCGAUAUGUUUGUAAAUAUAAAGGAACACUGUUCCUUGAUUUCCAUGGGGAGGAAAUUCGUUGUCCUUGGAAAGGAGGAGGGACAGAGGUUAAAAUAGCCGGAUGGGAUGGUAUUCAGUGCAAGGUGUUGUCAUUUGUCCACCUGCUACUACUGUAUGCCCUCAACGGGUUAAUGGAACACAAUAAUAUGAGAAGAAGAAGAACCAUCUUACAAAUCCAAAUGGAAACGGAAUUACGUAAUCGUGUAACACUAAACCUUUCCCAAAUGACAUGAUCCCGUUUGCGUGGCUAAGGGAAUAUACAUUCGCUUUCAAUAAUAUUAAUAUUGACAAUAAUAAUAAUAAUCAUGAUUAUAACAAUAAUGGAUUUAUUUUAAACAAAAUGUUAACUCAUAAUACAGAAG